UUGAUUUAUAUUUUAUGAAAAAAUUAUAAUACAGAUGGAAUUUCGGUUAUACAUAGUUGUCUCUUGCUGGUUCGUCAUCUAUACUUCACACGCAAAAGAAGAAUCAAAUAUUUCAUCUGAAAAGUUUGCCGAUGCAAUAAUUGAGAAGUCUGAUUCAUUAAAUCCAAAAGGAGGAUCAAAGUAUGAAAAAAAGAAGGAAAGUUUCAAAGCAAGUGCUGGAAAAGCAAAGGAAGCUAUAAAAGCGUUUGGAAAAAAUGACGAAAUUGCAGAAAGUAUAAGCGGAGUUGGAGAAGGUUUAACUCAACUUGUUGGUGGCAUAAGUAGUGGAAGUUGGCAAGAUAUGCUUCUUGGUGGCCUCAGUAUUGUCGGAACAUUAGCUAGUUUAGCAGGCCCAAUGGGAGCUGCAAUUUCAACUAUACUAAGUCUUGUUUCAAUGAUAUUUGGAUUAUUUGGGGGAUCUCAAGAAGCAGAAGAAAGUCAUGAAGAAAUGUUAAAACGAGUAAUUGAUGAUGCCCUAAAUCGUGCUCGCGCAGAUGAAUUAAGAGCUGAAGCAGAAGGUUUGAAGAAGGCAAUUAGCUCCAUUCGAAAUUCAAUCAAUCAAUUUCGAGAAGAAAAUUCUAUUACAGAAAAUCAAGCAACUGAGCUUUAUAACCAAGCUUUUAGGGGUCUAAAUUUUUUCGGACUACUGAAGUUUCAAAUCGAUAAAUAUUGUGAUUGCGCUGUUGAAAAUCCAAGUGACGAAGAAAAAAUUAGAAAAGCAAAAGAAAGUUCUGAUCGAUGUUUGGAAUUUCUUAAUCUUUAUGCUGAAUUGUCAAUACUUCGACAACUAUUAAUAGCAGAUAUGGCAAGUCUUGUUGGUUCAGUUGGAUUGAAUAGUACAGCUAUAAAUCUGUUAUCGCUUACAGAAAAAGAAAAGAUAUCAGAUAAAGAAAUAAUACUUUUUUUGUUGGACCCACUUAAUAAUAUAAAUCAAAGAUUUUGUAUUGCUCAGUAUUUUGGUGUGCCUGAUAAAUACCCAACUCUCCAAGCUUAUCUGGCUAGCUUGACUGAAUUAUCUACUGGUGAAAUUGCUAGUAAACAAGUUGUGAUUUGUUCUCAAAAACUAUUACUGGGUUUAUGUUACAAACUUGAACCAAAGAAUUAUUACCAGAAAGAUUUACUUGGUUGGGCUAGUGCCAUCAGGUCUAUAUAUGUCUCAGAUGGUCUGGUUGCAUAUGGCUAUAGUUCUGAUCAACUUAAAGGUGCUUCAUAUGGGCCGUUUCCAGGAGCAACAGUAAUUGGACUUACACCUGGUGAUUGGAAAUCUAUUAAAAUUAGUCCACUCACAGAAAAAAAGAAGUAUGUUAGAGUUUGUGAAAAUGAAAAACUGAGUCAGGAUGGAAGAUGUGAUGAGCUUGCUGUAAAUGAUUAUCCUGAUUUGAAAAUAGUCAGUGGAACAGAUGGAGAUGUAAUGACUGAGUCAAACAAUCGAUGUAAAUUUCCUUUUAAGUUUGAAGGUAAAUUACAUAAUAAAUGCUUGAAGGAUGGUGAUAAAUAUUGGUGUGCAACAGAUCUGAAAAGCGAUUUGACUUAUAAUAGUUGGGAUAAUUGUGUUUUUCCACAAACAUGGUCAGGGAAAAUUCUUUCCAUAUCAAUUCCUGAAAAUGUUAAAGUUUGGCUUUAUACAGAAGAAGAUUAUAGAGGAACUGCUUAUGGUCCAUUUUAUGGUGCUAACACCAUUGAUAGAUUAUGUGGUGCAGCUUCAACAAAAUCCAUGAAAAUAUCUAACGAUGACAUGAAAUCUUCAGAGAUGGUAAAGAUUUGUCGUGGUGCAUCUUUCACUGCAAUGUGUGAUUUUAUUGAAACUAAUGAUUACCCUCGACUCGUAAUUCAUGGAUGUAUUUACACUGAAGAGGCAAACAAAAUUAAAAGUAUGCGUGUUCCUGGUGGACUUGCUGUAUAUAUGUGGACCGGUGAAAACUAUCAGGGAACACCUUUAGGACCUUACAUCGGACCAGUUUCUUUACCAGUUGUCGAUAGUGGUCAGCCAUCUGUUGAAAACAGUAUAUCUCAAAUUAGGUCCUUGAAGAUUGUAAAAUACAAUCCUGUUGCUUUUGAUUCUGUGAAAAGAAAAUUUUCUAAAAAAAAAUCUAAAAAUCAUAAUGAUUAAUAAAAUAAAUAAUCAUUAAUAACGAAUCGAAUGAAAACAUUAACAAGAAUAACAGAUAUGUCAAAUGAUGUAUCUCGAAAAAACGAUUAUUUGUAAGCUUAUUUAAUCAUUUAAUAAAAUGCAAUAUGA